GGGAGCGGACCGGCAGCGACGGCGGCGCGGAGUCCGGGAAUGGCACCCGGCAAGCAAGGGAAGAGCACGGGGGCCUCGGAGAACCCUUCGGUGACACUUUUCCGGGAGUACCUGAGGAUCGACACGGUGCACCCCAAGCCCGACUACGAUGCGGCCGUCCAGUUUUUGGAGCGUGUGGGCACCGACUUGGGCUUGGAGUGCCAGAAAGUGGAGGUGUGUCAGGGCCGCGUGGUGCUGGUCCUCACCUGGCCGGGCACAAAUCCCCGCCUGCGCUCCAUCCUGCUCAACUCCCACACCGACGUUGUGCCAGUUUUCGAGGAGCACUGGACCUACCCGCCCUUCGAGGCUGUUAAGGAUUCCCAGGGCAACAUCUAUGCCCGGGGUGCCCAGGACAUGAAGUGCGUCUCCAUCCAGUACCUUGAGGCCAUCCGAAGGCUGAAGGCAGAGGGGAAGAGCUUUGCCCGCACCAUCCACCUGAGCUUUGUGCCUGCUCUAGGCUGUGCAGUUCUGGGGAUGGCCAAUGGCACCAGGCUGGCGUGGAAGCGCGGCGGUGGGGUGGAGGAUGCCUUCACCCACGGCAGCUUUCUCCCCACAGACGAGGAGGUGGGCGGGCACAAGGGCAUGGUGAUGUUCUUGCAGCGCCCGGAGUUCAAAGCACUCAACGUGGGCUUUGCCCUGGACGAGGGCUUGGCCAGCCCGUCUGACACCUACAGCGUCUUCUAUGGCGAGAAGAGCCCUUGGUGGAUCAAGGUGAAGUGCACGGGCAGCCCUGGCCAUGGGUCCCGCUUCAUCACCAACACCGCGGCCGAGAAGUUGCACAAAGUGAUCACCUCCUUCCUGGGCUUCAGGGAGAGCGAGAAGCAGAGGCUUAAGUCCAACACAAGCCUGACCCUGGGGGAUGUCACCUCGCUCAACAUGACCAUGCUGGAGGGGGGAGUCUCCUUCAACGUGGUGCCCUCUGAGAUGGCCGUCGGCUUUGACAUCCGCAUCCCACCCACCGUGGACCUGAAGGCCUUCGAGGAGCAGGUGGCUGCGUGGUGCCGGGCGGCUGGGGAUGGUGUCACGUAUGAGUUUCACCAGAAAUGCAUGGACCAGCAAAUCACCUCCACGGAGGAGUCUGACCCGUGGUGGAAAGCCUUCAGUGGGGUCUGCAGGGACAUGAAGCUGCCUCUCAAGCUGGAGAUCUUCCCGGCUGCCACCGACAGCCGCUACAUCCGGGCGGCAGGGUACCCAGCCCUCGGCUUCUCGCCCAUGAACCGCACCCCGGUGCUGCUCCACGACCACAAUGAGUUCCUGAACGAGGAUGUCUUCCUGCGGGGCAUUGACAUCUACGCCCGCCUCCUGCCCGCCCUGGCCUCUGUGCCCCCACUGCCUGCCGAGGGCUGAGCCUUUGGGAGGGGACGGGGGGCAUCGUGCCACGUCUCUCCGUGCCCCUCUGCCGUGGCUGUGCUGUGGGCUGGCCUGAUGGUGCCACGUGUCCUGGCUGUGCCACCCUGGGGGCCGUGUGCCAGUGGAGCCCGGUGUGCCCUGUGCCCCUGCAGCCAUCCCUGACCACUUCCAGGGCUGCGGGGCCGUGCCUCCCAGCUGACGCCCCUCUAUCCUCGCCGUGCACAUUCACUCAAUAAACCUUCCUGGUAAGCAA